AUGGCACCCGUCGCCGUAGCUCAGAAUGGCACCGACCACUCCAACGGUUAUACUAAACCACAGAAUGGCCACGCGACCACCAUUGAGCUGCCGAUGAAACCAAACGGGUCUCUCGAUGACUACAAGUACAACGAUUUAACACCCUGCAUCGGGAGGGAGUUUCCUACGGCGAACCUGGUCGAUAUGAUGAAUGCUCCUAACUCCAAUGAACUAAUUGCCGAACUCGCUUUAACCAGUAUGGAGAACCUUCGACUCCGCGGUGUCGUCUGGUUCAGAAAGCAGGACAAUCUGACCAACGACCUUCAAAAGAAGCUGAUCCUCAAGAUUGGCGAGCUGUCAGGAAGGCCCAAGACGUCCGGCCUCCACGUCCACCCCGUUCUCAACAGCGAGGGCGAAGUCGGAGAGCAGCGCGACCCAGAUCAAGAAAUCAGCACUAUCAGCUCCAAGCUGUUUUCCAAAGUCUACGGUCGCCACCCGGACAGCGCUCUCAGCCAGAAGAAGCAGAAUGCGGAUCAGUGGCACUCUGAUAUUGCAUUUGAGCCUGUUCCGGCAGACUUCUCUAGUCUUCGGUUGACGGAAUGCCCGAAGACCGGUGGUGAUACUCUUUGGGCUUCAGGCUAUGAGCUUUACGAUCGGAUCUCUGCUCCAGUGCAGAAGUUCUUGGAAGGUCUUACUUGCACUUUUGGUCGCCCAGACUUCAUUGCAGCAGCACAACGCGGAGGUUUCAAGCUUUAUGAGAAGCCUCGCGGAGCAGCGGAGAAUAUUGGCGGCGAGCUGCAAGCGAUUCACCCGGUCGUCCGCACCAAUCCAGUCACGGGCUGGAAGAGUCUCUACCCCGUUGGACAGCACUGCCAGUUCAUCAACGGUGUUACCGAAGAAGAAAGCAACAUGUUCCUUUCCUGGUUUAAGAGGCUGCUCAAGGACAACCACGACUUACAGGUCAGGUUCCACUGGAACGACCCGAACGACAUUGCGAUCUGGGAUAACAGAUGCACAUUCGUUCAUGAUCAGAUGAAACGCUUUGCCGACGCAAGCGGCGAUGACCCUCAGUUGGCCUUGAAGCUUAACUUUCAGAAUGACUUGCCGUCUCUGUCCCUCUCCACACGAGAAGACACCCAUGUUGCAUACUGA